CCACUUUGAGUGAGCCUCACCAUCUCUCAUCUGUAGCCCGGGCCAGCCUCAGUCUGCAGAGCCCCGCACCCAGCACUCCUCUCGAGGGGACUGCCAGGCAGGCUUGAGGGAAGGACCCACCAGGUGCCCAGACCCCGAUGCUUCAUAGCUUGGGCCUCACUGGCCCGCCCUGGAUGGCCAGUGCUGUCACAGUUCCCAUGCUCGCUUGCAGAAGGGAAGGAAAGUUCAUAGAACCUGAUCUGACCCGGAGUUCCCAGUGCAGAGACUUGGACGGCAGCCCGCAGCUGCCUGGCCGUCCACCGAAAAGAGAUGCAGGCUAGCGAGGGAAAGCUGGUCUGUCUCAGCCUCGAGGCCGAAGGAAACUGGUUGGGGUGGACGCCACAAGGAAGUCAAGACGACGGUGGAAUCAACUGAAGCCCGGAGCCUCAUCCUGAGAAUGGGCAACCUUCUAGACAUCAAGGAAGGACCAGCCCCCCCCCCCUUUUUGGAAGGAUCCGCAGGGCUGGACCAGAGCGGAAGCAGGUGGAAGAACCCUGUGGUCAGCCCAAGGAGGAUGACCCCAGACUGGCACAGCUCCUUGAUCCUCACGGCCUACAUCCUUAUCUUCCUCACGGGGCUCCCCGCCAACCUGCUGGCCCUGCGGGCCUUCGUGAGCCGGGUCCGCCAGCCCCAGCCCGCCCCGGUGCACGUCCUCCUGCUCAACCUGACCGUGGCGGACCUGCUCCUGCUGCUGCUGCUGCCCUUCCGGAUCGUGGAGGCGGCGUCCAACUUCCGCUGGUACCUCCCGAAAAUCGUGUGCGCGCUCACGGGCUUCGGCUUCUACAGCAGCAUCUACUGCAGCACGUGGCUGCUGGCGGGCAUCAGCAUGGAGCGCUACCUGGGAGUGGCCUUCCCGGUGCAGUACAAGCUGUCCCGCCGGCCGCUGUAUGGGGUGGUGGCCGCGCUGGUGGCCUGGGUCCUGUCCUUCGGCCACUGCACCAUCGUCAUCGUGGUCCAGUACCUGAACUCCACCGAGCAGGGCGUCUCCGCCAAUCAGAUAACCUGCUACGAGAACUUCACCCAGGAGCAGCUGGACGUGGUGCUGCCCGUGCGGCUGGAGCUGUGCCUGGUCCUCUUCCUCGUGCCGAUGGCCGUCACCAUCUUCUGCUACUGGCGCUUCGUGUGGAUCAUGCUCACGCAGCCCCACGUCGGGGCGCAGAGGCGGCGCCGGGCAGUGGGCCUGGCCGUGGUGACGCUUCUCAAUUUCCUGGUGUGCUUCGGGCCUUACAACAUGUCUCACCUGGUGGGCUUUUUCAUGAGGCAGAGCCCCCCGUGGCGGGUGGAGGCCGUGGUGUUCAGCUCCCUCAACGCCAGCCUGGACCCGCUGCUCUUCUACUUCUCCUCCUCCGUGGUGCGCAGGGCUUUUGGGCAGAGCGCGCUGCUGUUCCGCAGUCCCGGCUCCACGGUGCUGGGCAGAGGGACCAAGGAGACUUCGGCCGAGGGGACCAGGAUGGACAGGGGUGCGAGUCAGGCAGAGCGGGUGCAGAGCUCGGACGUCAUCCCCGAGUAGAGAGCUCCCCGGGUCUUCCUGAGCAUCCGGGUCACCCAGAAGUUGGGCCGUCUAGCAGAGCACCCGGGACUUGGUAAAAGAGGAAAGAUUAAAACAAAAAACAAAAAGGAAAGCUACCCACCCGCUUGACAUCACUGCGUGACUGGAUUUUCCUGCCCAGAGAAGCAUGGCUCCAGGCUACAAGAAGAAAGAGCCGCAGCCUUAAACCACAGAAGGGCCAGGGGUUCACAAGCCAGGUGGUUCAUGGGUGAGCAGUUUUUAAAGUAAUUUUCCUCCAAGCUUGGAAACAUCACUUGGAGACAGAGGCCUGGCUGGGGAUUCUGGAAGAAGGCCGAUGAGAAAAGACUAGGGGGACCUUUGGGGAGAAGGGAAGUCUCAGGAAAGCUCCCAGCCACGGGACAAUCCGGGAGGACGGGGGAAUCCGAUCUGUGGUGGUCUUCGUCUUUGUGUUCCCGUUUGCACUGUCCCCUUUGUAAA